UAACCAUGCUUGGCUUGAUAAGUGCGAAGAACUAGCAGUUAUCGCAAUGCUCCCAUCUCUAUGAGGCAUGUACAUAUAAGAAAAAAUUAACAAAACGCGAACACCAUUAAAAUACAAUGCUAGACGGUUGGUACUGCAGAUCCCUGGCCAACCAGGAGGAUGGCGCCAUAAAGGACGAGCCGCCGAGCGACGACGAGCCUGCACAGCCCGCCAGAGAUCGCGUCCCGCCAAUUUCCCGCGGAGCAGCGCCCGCUAGCUCAUCCUCCGUUUCCGCGGGCCUGGGAGCAGGCGAGACUGACUUCAAGGAGCGCUACAAGAACCUCAAGAAGAAGCUGAAGUUCCUCAUCUAUGAGAACGAGUACUUCCAGGAUCUGUUGCACACCAACCAGCGGCGUCUGCUGAAGGUUUCCCGGGAUCGCACCUUCCUGCUGGACCGCCUGCUGGUGUACGAGAAGCCGGCCAAGGACUCUAGCGACUCGGAUGCCACCGACAGCUCCGAUUCGGAGCCAGCAUCAACGUCCGGCGCCGCCGGCGGAUCUCAGACAUCCAAGGACGCCAUUCGGCGCAAGCACAAAGACAAGGGGGCACCGGGAAUUCCAGGUGUGCCUCCGCACAUGCCCACAGUGGGCGCCCCACGCGGUCGAAGACGGAAAAUCCUAACCGGAAUGUUGCCCGCGAACCAUGGAAUCCCAGCAAUCGCUGCCAAAAAGCAACUUACCGCUACGGUUUCACCUUCACAGCAGCCUCCGCAACUACAGACUGCUCCGAAGGAUGUUUCGCCCGGCCUGAGCCAAGCGGAGAUUGCCCGCCAGCUGCAGGAGCGACGACCCACGCCGUUGGAGCUAAUGAGUCCGGAGUGCACUUCAGCCACCGUGCCCACAACGAUGCUCAGCGAUGAGAGCCCCUCUAAGUGUUAUCCCAAUGAGAGCCUGCAGCAUCUGAUGGAGGACGACUCACACUCGCACGAGGUGGCCGCCGAGGAGUGCGUGCCCAUGGAGUACACAAGCUAAUAUUUUUUACUGAGUUAAAUACGAAAAGCUAAUAAAUUAACUAGAUCCAACUGGAUUGAUAAAUUA